AUGACUCGACCAACAUAUGCAGCCCUUCCAAAUGGCGUAUCACAAGGGCAGUUUUUGCCAUCAGCAGACAAGUUCAAUCUGGAAGUGACAGCGACUGAACUCAUGUUCAUUGAGCAUGCUCUAGUAGGGCGGGUGGACAAAAAAAUCAAGACACUGCCUUUGCUUAAUAGAGUGCAGUAUUUGCUGUCUCUGCCACCGUACUUAAUCUCUCAUGAAUCACCUUUGAUCGGAGAUAGCCGAGACCAAGUCCACCCUUCUUCUGACAGUGAAGUCGGCUCAUCCUCUGAAGAUGAAGUCUAUCCAUCCUACUCUUAUGCUGCCUGCUACAAGAUCCCGUCCUGCGCCACCAACUGCAACAAUAUAACAUCCUCCCCAGGCAGUGUCUUUCAUGAGAGCCUCAGCUUUGAUGAGGAAAUGAGUGAUUCCCAACAUACUGACCCAGUUGAUGAUUCGAUCCUUGAUGAUGAGAUGGGCUGUUAUGCAGAUGACAAUUAUGCAGAUGAAGACUAUGUAGCCGGUGCUCAAAAUAAUUGCUCUGAUGAUAACUAUGCUUAUGAAAACUAUACAGAUGAUGACUUCAAUGUUGAAGAAGAAGAAAUGCUCAAUGGUCACCAACGGCGAGUCACAUCUAGGAAACUUCAACAACUUCAUCAACACCCUUAUACUCCCAUUGGAACCGCCAUCAAUCCAAGAGUGGUAUUAUUUCAGCCAGACUGCCCUCGUAAUGGAAGACGCUUUCAUGCACCUCCAAGAUGGCAGGCACAAGCCACAUCUAUCACAUCCAACAGCUUCAUUACCAGUGAUGCUCUCAUUGCGGUGCUCGCAAGUGCUCGAGUAGACUCCGGGUCAUCUUCUUUGAAUGUUCGAUCAUGGGUUGCCAACAGUACUUCUUAUCUCAAGGAUCCAGGCGGUGUAGAUAGCACGCUGUCACUUGAUUUCCAUUCAGACAGCCAGCUCCAGUUUGGUCGCCAUGAUCACGUAUAUGCAGCUGGCUAUUCAGUGUCAAAGGCAUUCAUCAUCCAUGCGUCUACUGCCACAGAAAAGUAUAGUAUUUGCAGAAUUUACAAUGACCAGGUUGCAAAGCUGAAGAAUGCACCCUCGGAGCGUACUUUCCAACGUUGGAAUGAAAAUGGCUGCAAAUUCAUCAUACUGGCUGCGGGCGGUUCAUUCUUCCUUCUUGUUAUAAUAGCAGGUCUUGAGAUUCGAUGGAAAAUCACAACGAUCAGGUUUGAAGUCCUUCGCCAAGUGGCUAAGAUGUUGAGGCAGCCAGGGACCACCAGUGGCAAACCUGAGUCCAGUGGUCAGUCGCCUUUUGGUACUCUGUUCACACACUGA